GUUUAAAAGUUUUGGGUGAAAAUGUGAAAAGUGCUCGUGCCGCGGGACAAAGAAAACCUCUAAUAACAGCGAAAAUGAUCGUUUAUUAACGGAAUAAUGGAUAAUCUGUCAGCGGAUUUGGCGAUUCAAGCGAUUUUAGGCAGAGGAACGGAAUUUGUGGGCGGCAUCGACAACGAAGCGCUAGACUUUUCGCAGCUCGAGGACUUCAUUAACGGCGACAACGCCCAGGGAAACAACCCGUAUUUCGGGGAUUCCCUGGCCGGCGCGGCCCCGCCCCCGUCCGGCAAACUAUUGAACGUCAUCGUCGAGAACAAAAGGAACAACAAUAGCAAUGGGCACUCUCUACCGGAAAGUCCGCCGGACUCUAGCUCGGAGCACCCGUACAGUCCCGAAGAGGGUUGCGACGUGCCGAUCAGCAGCGCGGAUAACAUCUACACAAACCUCGCACAGGGCAUUUACAAGCCCGCAAUACUCAAUCCGAUACUGGCGGAUAAUUUGAUUUUGGGCUCGCACAUCGUCGUCGCCGACCAAAACGGCGACCAGCUAAUGGACGGCGCGAACAUUUUGCAGGAUGGUCGUCUUCUGGUUGCGCAAGACAUGCGAAACGGCGGAAGUCUGCUACCGACCCGGAUCAUUUCGGAAGAUUUGCACAACGAUUCCGGUAUCGUUCUCGCCGAUGGAGUUCAAGAUAGCACUAGGUCGUUGCUACUGGCCACGACGGAGUCGACAACGCCGAAUUUUAGCCGAAAUGGUUACAAAGAAGAUUUCGACAAGGGUCAGCUCGUCCAUUUGGGUUACGGGACGACCAUCGAGAACAUGCCCAGGGCCGAGAUGGAGGGCGGCCUGUGCGAACAAAACCUGGACGGUAUGCCGGGCGUCUACACGAAUCUACAGUCGGUCUCAAAGAAACGGAAACUCUCUCAGGAUUCGCUCUUGGUGAAAAGCGAACCAGAAAACUGUUCGACUAGUCAGCUAAGCCCUUCGGAACAAUUCGCGGCGUCUAUUGACGAAGAGUACGCUUCGUCGGAGGCGUGCCUAUCAGAAUCUCAGUACCAGUGCAUCCGGUUCAGUUCGUUUCAGCAACCGAACUGGCACACGCUGUGCGACCAAAACCUCACCGAACUACCGACGCCGCACUACAGGGUGGACGCGGACAAGGGGUUCAACUUUUCCAACGCGGACGACGCGUUCGUGUGCCAGAAAAAGAACCACUUUCAGAUCACGUGUCACGUGCAGUUGCUCGGCGACGCGCAGUUCGUCAAAACGCCGGACGGCUUUCAGAAGAUAUCCAGCUUCCAUUUGCAUUUCUACGGCGUGAAGCACGACUGUCCGACGCAGACGAUCAGGGUCGAGCAGAGCCAGAGCGACCGCAGCAAGAAGCCGUUCCAUCCCGUGCUAGUGGAGCUGGUCAAUUCACAAGUCACGAAAGUAACGGUGGGCAGGCUGCAUUUCAGUGAGACCACGUCGAAUAAUAUGAGGAAAAAAGGAAAACCGAAUCCGGAACAGCGAUAUUUCCAGCUCGUGGUCGGCCUCCACGCUCACACGUCGAAUGGCAACUUUCCCGUGGUGAGCCACGCGAGUCAGAAAAUCAUCGUGAGGGCGUCAAAUCCGGGUCAGUUCGAGAGCGACGUGGAGCUCUGCUGGCAGAAGGGACAAACUCAGGACUCGGUGUGUCAUAGCGGCAAGGUAGGCAUCAAUACCGACCGUCCCGACGAGUCUCUGGUUGUUCACGGCAAUAUUAAGAUCACCGGCCACAUAAUACAGCCCAGCGACAUCAGAGCGAAGAAAAACAUCGUCGAAUGCAACACGGCGGAGCAACUGAGGAACGUACAAAAACUGAGGGUCGUCAAGUACGAAUACGAACCAUCCUUGGCGUCACAGCUGAACCGGGAUAGCGAGUUCGCCGAUACUGGCGUCAUUGCGCAAGAGGUGGCGCAGGUGUUGCCGGAAGCUGUCAGACCGGCGGGCGAUCUCGUGCUAGACAACGGCACCUCGAUAGACAACUUUUUGGUUGUUAACAAGGAGCGGAUAUUCAUGGAAAACAUCGGGGCGGUGAAAGAACUGUGCAAGGUGACGGACAACUUGGAAACGAGGAUCGACCAGCUCGAGAGGAUCAACCGGAGGCUCAACAAAUUGAAGAGGGGCGAUAGUCUGAAGUCCGACAGUACAGUCAGCACGAAAAACUCGUACCCGCACACCCGGAAGUGCUCGAAGCACCACACGUGCAAGUCCUGCGAGCGGGAGGAAGAGCUGUGCUCGAACAAGUUCAUCCAGGUGGUCAUUGUGGUGCUAGUUUUGAUCAUGGCGUUUUGCCUGGCGGCAAUCACGACGUUGUAUUUGCUGGAGACCGCGCGGCACAGCGAAAUCUUGCAGUCGACGGUAGAGGGCGUCCAGAAAGUGUUGACCACGCGCCACCCGACGAAGGGACCCAAACCGUUUAGCACGUGGCCCAGUCCGCCGACCCGAAAAACAACGAACUCUUAUCGGGAGGACGAAAUCACCAAACUGACGCUGGACCCGAACUUGAUCAAGCUGCAGUCGUUUAUCAUCGGGAGACCGACCGAAUGCCUGACGGUCGAACAGGACUUGGAAAGCUCGAGCCUGUGUCGGAUCUAUUGUUGUGCGACGCCAGCGCCUCGGCACCAAGACGCCGCCGCCGCGUAUUCCGAAAAACGUCCCCCGACGCUGAACAAAACGAGGGCGGGUCCGUCCCUGAUCACUCUGAAGGAGCAAAACCCGCAGAAUCCGCUGGAGAAGACCAAGGUGGCCAAGCCGUUCCACUCGAACGACAUCGACAAGCAGAUCAGGCAGAGGCGCGACACUUACGACAUAAGCGACGAAGCUAACUCCUUCGACUUGGCCGAUGAUCAGUUAUUCGCAAUUAUAAUCCAAGGGAGGAACUUUAACACGACCCUAACCCAAAAAUAUCUCAAAUCGUACAGCAACACCCACAACUACACGUACACCGUGCCGAUUUCCAAGUACAUGCCCGACGAGUUCGUCAAUCUGAUUUUUCGGUCCACCCAGCUCAGCGUCAGAGAAAUCGAGCACUGCUACAACGACUACAAGCAUUACGAGUGCCCGUACGUCAGUCCCAUGUACUACGAGGACAAGGCGAAGAUAAGGCACAAGGUUAACGAGAACAAUCCGAGUCAGCUGCUCGGCCAGCAGAGCGUCAUAUUCGAGGUGGACAUGGCCGAUUUUCAGUCAAAGAUUAUGACGUAUAGGGCGUCGUUGGCGCCAAUUCAGAAUAUUUGUAAAUUGUCGCCAUUAAAAUUGGGAAUGGAGUACGUCGAGUACAAUUUUCACUUUUACAGGCACUGCGACGAGUGACGCGCCGCUGUUUUCACCGCCCCUCCCAACACCCACACUUGUUUUCAUACUAUUUCGACCAAUUUUUUUUUAUCUCGAAUUUGUUUUCGUCUCUAAGAACAAAAUAUUUUUAAACUUUUUUUUUUGUUUUAAAUAUUUUAUUUUGAAGAUUUAUAUAUAUAUAUAUGUAUAGGUUUUAAUAUAUUGCAGUGUAUUUAUUUUUUGAGUCGUCGGCAUAUUUAACUGAGGUGUAUAUUUUAUCAGUUUUAUGGUGUAGUUAAUUGUUUAGAGAGUGUUCCGCGAUUUCUGGUGCUCGCAGGAGCAAUUUCCGCGAUUAGCUGCUGUAAUUUAUUCUCUCUCUAUCUCUCCCUAUGUGUACAUACAGGACGGUAAGGAAAGUGCAGCCAAUACCACGGACGCCGCUGGAAAUUGUUUUUUUUGCAGAACUUUGUAUAAUUUAAUAAAUAUUUAAUGUGGAGGGCAAUAGUAAAUAGUAGAAGAGUUGGAAUUGGUUAGAAGCUUAUUUAGCUUUUUUGUUAUGCCGAGGACCCACUGUUAAGCCUUACUGCUGAUAUUUUUAACACCCAGCCUCAAUUAGGUCAAAAAAGAUGUCUGCGUUACUGGCGAUUACGUACAAAUAAUAAUAAAGGAAUUAUUUCAUUUAUUAAGAAGGGACUUUAAAUAUGAAUCGUAGGUAUCAAGUGUUUUCUUCGGAAACACAAGGAAAUAAACCAGGGCGGGAAAUUGUUGAGACGGAUAAAAAUGCAAAUAAUAUUUUUGAGUAUUCAUCAUACAGGGUGGUGAAAAUAUAAGCACUAAUCAAAACUGGCAUACUAAACAAAUAUUUCUGUAUCUUAAGAGGUCUUAUUCUAUGCAAAUGCCAAUCAUUGCUUACACUUUCCUGCACAUUCUGUACAAACACAUUGAAUUUUGUCCAAUUUCUUUACAAUUCCAUUUCUCACCCUCCCCUUCCACUUCCGCCGAAGGAUAUUAUUUUAGUUAUCUAUUUAAAUUGUUAUCAUUAAACAUGAUCUUUUGACGUACUUAAACGGGAUGAAUGUAGCUGCUGUAGAUUCGCCACGGGAUAUUGUUCCAAAGGGAACCCGGUAGGACAUCACAUUUUGUUUUCUUUCGCGAUAUUUUUGUUAGGUAUAGAUACCCAGAAUGUGGCAUAUCAGAAAAUAAUCCGGAAAUGUGUAAAAAAAAAACACUUGUCUCUCUUAUAGUGUAGCGACUAACUGAUUAUAUGACAUUCCAUAAGUUUUAAGGUUAAAUGAAAUCGUAGUGAGCUAUAAUUUCCUAUUUUUAAACUGACAAAAAAGGAACAUAAUGUAGGUAGCAUUAGACUAGCCACGUAGGACUCAAUCUGUAUAGUUUUACCCUGUCUCUUGCAAUACUGUUUUGUGAUCGUGUAAAAUAAAAUUUGUUUUUCUAGUUUUA